GGAUUGUUUGUGAUUCGAGAACACAACAAAUCAACCGGGCCAGUAUUAAAAUCGACUGAACGAACGGAGUAAAUUGCCAAAAAAGAUGCAGAGAGCUGCCUAUUUAAGCGCUGGAUUUCUGGUCGCUUGUGCACUGAUUGCCGGCGUUAGUGCGAACGUCGAUAAGGUUGUGUUCCAGUUUCCCGAGUACGAUUACAAGGAAACCAGCAAAAAUGAAAUCACCUUCCGGGAGUUUGAAUCCGCAUGCGACCAGAGCAACCGAUGUGCGACGUACGAGGGCAUCGAGAGGACACGCUGCGUCCGCGAGUGCAUAUCGCCAUCCUGCUAUCAGGAGAUUUACAAAUUCGAUGAGCUCGAGGAGGGUGAGAUCGAUGUGCGACUGAAUUCGUUCCGGGCCUGCUUCAUGCAACGACUGAGUCGGAACCGUGGUUAAGGCGUGCCUCACUGCCCUGCAAACUUAUGAAACAGGAGCCUAUAUCCUGUGCAACGUAGUCAGUAUUCCAAAUUGAUCUUUGGUCUCAAUCACCUACCGGAUUCGGACGGUAAAUCCGUUCCUAGUAUUCCGUAUCGUUCGGAUCCGCAUCCCUGAACUGUUCAAUCAACCAUUUUU